UCGGCAUUAAAAUCUUCAUCUUCAAUCAAAGGCAACCCGCAAAUAAAAAAUUUGUUUAAAUUUUUAAUUAAAAUUUAUUUAUAUAAAAUAAUUUCUAAAUUCAUCAUCCAUAUUUGAUUGUUGUUUUUGUUUUUAGGGAGGUGUUUAAAAAAUAAAAUUAUUUUUUUUAAUGGACGGAUCCGGUGACGAAGUUGCCGCGGUGGUAGCGCCGAUAGCGAAGUGGAAGAGCGAUUUCUCACGGACGUUUCAGUACUUUUUGGAUCGCUCAACGCCACACCUGAUGGAAAGAUGGCUUGGAAGUCUCGCCAUUGCGGCCGUUUACGUCCUUCGCGUUUACUUAUUGCAAGGCUUUUAUAUCGUGUCUUAUGGCAUUGGGAUUUAUAUCUUGAAUCUAUUGAUUGGUUUUUUAUCGCCUAAGGUUGAUCCUGAACUUGAGCAUUUGGAUGGUGCUUCGUUGCCGACUAAAGGUUCUGAUGAAUUCAGACCUUUCAUUCGCCGACUUCCAGAGUUUAAGUUUUGGUACUCAAUAACAAAAGCUUUUUGCAUAGGCUUCUUGAUGACUUUCUUUUCAAUAUUUGAUGUUCCUGUCUUUUGGCCCAUAUUACUCUUCUAUUGGAUUGCUCUCUUUGUUCUCACGAUGAAGCGUCAAAUAAUGCAUAUGAUCAAGUAUAAAUAUGUUCCAUUCAGCAUUGGGAAACAGAGGUAUACAGGGAAGAAGACCUCUCCCACUGGCGCAGGUUUAGUGACGGAUUGAAGGGGUUGUUUACAUCCUUUUCUGGAAAAAAAUCCAGAAAGUUGCAACCUUUUCUAAGUUCCAAUUUUCAUUGUUUUAGAAUUUUAGAAGGAAGAGUUGUUAAUCACAUGUAUGUAUGUCGGGAAUUCCGAGUUUUUGAUUUCGAAUGAUCGACAUCAAAAUUGGUUAUUCUUCUUUCUCUAUAACUUCUUCCUAUGUAUUAGACUAUUAGUCAAUAUAUAUUCUUUUCAUUGCAUCAUUAAAGUUUGUUGAUGAUACAAGGCUGUGAUGAUGGUGGUUGUAGAAGAUUCAUUCAAUGGGUGGGUAGAGAGUCGUAGGACGUAUUAUGAGUGCUCAAAGAAGAAGAAAGGUCGUUGAGGAAUGAGAAUAGUGAUAAGAGAGAGAAACAGAUCAGGAAGCCUUGCCGCUAGGGGGAUCUUAUAAGGGGUCUCGCUGCUCUUUCUUGCGGUGCCACAUGUCGGUCUCUUAUUGGUUCCAUAUUCACGGAGCUCAGUCAAAUUAUUGACAAAUUUCCUCCCAAGUAUAAGUUGUCUUGUUAGGACAGCGGGUAAAUAACGAUGUACGUAUAUGUCACCUUUGCCAGAUGUGUGUUCCCCGUGCUGUGGGUUUGCGAGGUAGAGAGUUCAUUGGCCCUCGUCAGCAGGAUUUUGUUCUUGCAGGAGAUCUUAGCUCGUGGAACACUCCGCGUGGCUGGCGGGUUGUGAGGUGAUCUUGUGAGGUGUAGGCAUAACAAGGUUAUCUUUAGAAGGAAGAGUCGUUAACCGUAUGUAUGUAUUUAUGUUGGGAAUUCCGGGUUUUUAUUUCGAAUGAUCAACUAUGUUCCACAUCAAAAUUGGUUAAUCUUCUUUCUCUAAAGCUUCUUCCCAUGUAUCAGACUAUUAGUCAAUAUAUAUUUUCUUUUCAUUGCUUUAGGUUUUAGGCCCUUUUCCCCCAUGUUUUUAGCUAAUAAGAAUACUCAUUGCUCAAAAACUUAUUUUGCUUGCAUUGUUGUUUGUUGACCUGAUGUUGGUUUUUGUGGAUGGUAUGAAGAAAAGGGUAGUUGUCAAGCAGUCAUCAAGGAGAGCUUCUUGGGAAUCUUUUCAAGAUUUGAUAACACUAUUUGAGGCUUUUAAAAAUUAUUUUAACUUGUGAAUUAUAUGGUAUUUUAAUGGUGGUUGUAUAAACUGAGUGCAGGGGAAAUUCUUCAAGAAAAUUGACUUUGAGGGAUGAUGAUAUAUACAAUGCCAGAUGGAUGCCUAAUCAUUACACACACGUCUUAGAGAACACCUCUCCAACAACUGAGCCACAGUAAUCCCCAUGAGUUUCUUUUUUCUUUUUCUUUUUUUGUUUGUAUUUGACUUUGAUUACUUAAGGAAAAGAAUAUUACAAUUUGAGUAUUAAGUUUUAUAAUAGCAUUGUUCAUUAAACAUGGCCAGCUAAUUGUUGAAGGUUUUUUUGUGUCUGUCACUUCCCCUAGCUAGCCCUCUCUAAAAAAACCUUACAUUAAAUCUCUCCAACAAUAUUCCGUAGGAAAAGAAAAAUGGGUGAUAGAACCUUUGUUGUGAUAUUCUUCUUUUGGGCAUUUCUUACAAUAAUCACCCCAACCCUUGUUCUCUGGUCAGAAUCUUCCAAACCCUUGUUGGAAAUGAAUGGUCAGAAAAAUGUGGGAAUAAAAGAUAGGAGAAUGAUUGGAUAUGGAGUGGAACAAGUAAGCAAUGCAAGCAUAUCUUCACCUCAAAUGGAGGCAGCAACAACAUCCACAACAACCGAACACCAUAACUGGAGCUGGUUUCAAGAACUUGAAAGCUUAGCCAGCAAAGUCUUUCAAAAAGCAAUGGGGUUGCUGAUCAGUGUCAGCUAAAUUCAAUGAUAACCCUUCAAAGAAACUCUUCAUAUUUAGGGGGAUGCCGAGCUUGAUUUUUGUCCUAGUGUGAAUUGUCUAAGUUUGGAAGAAUAAGAGACCAUCUAGGCCAUGGGCUUUGAACAACCAGGAAUCUUCUUGUUGGAGCCCGAGGUGAUAAAUGGUUGAACUAAAAUAGCUGCAAGUGCAAGGUUUGUCUUCUGUUCCAUAGCAUAUAAUUAAGGCUAGUUUAUUAGUGUCUUUUCUUUUUACAAUGAUAAUUCAAACCUAGAUUUCAUGGAGUAUAUGAAGAUGUCAUAACUUGAGGUUGAAGCUAGUUUAUUAGUUAUUGCGUCAAUAAAGUGAUUAUUUAUGUAUUUGAUGCACACCAAUCAAUUGGUCGGGUAAGAUGAAUUUGGAUCGGUGAAUUUAGAAUUUAAAAUUUUAGAAUAAUUUACUUUAGGUCAAUUUUAGAUUUAGUUCAUUUUGGUUUUGAGCUCGGGACAUUUUAGGUUUGGGUUUAAAUCAUUGUAGAUUUUGAUAACUCUAGGUUUAAGGAAUGUGAUUUUCAACUGGGUCGUUGCGAGUUUGGAUCAUUUCAAGUUUAAUGUUUAAUUUUUUCAG